CUUUUAUUAUUUAACAAAAGGAGGCAGUACCGCCACAUUUGUCUGCAAAAGGGAGAGAAAGCAGAAUAAAAUUAAUUUGAAAACAUGAAGAUACUUUAAAAAAUGGGCAAAAAACACAGCCAUUCGGCAGAGCCGAGGAGCCCUUCGUAGCAGCGCGGCGCACGGAAAAGGCAACCAAUCAUCACGCAGCGACUCUCUAUAUAAACCCCCAGCCGGCGGUUCCCGGAACACGCCGUUCUGACAGUUUAAGCUUACUUUUUGUCUUUCCUGGCUAAACAGAAAAAUGUCGGAGACUGCUCCAGUUGUUCCUGCUGUUCCCGCACCUACAGAGAAAACACCUGUUAAGAAGAAGACGAAGAAAACGGGCGCAGCUGCUGGAAAACGCAAGGCGUCCGGGCCCCCGGUGUCCGAGCUCAUCACCAAGGCUGUCGCCGCCUCCAAGGAGCGCAGCGGCGUGUCCUUGGCCGCGCUGAAGAAAGCGCUGGCGGUCGCUGGUUAUGACGUGGAGAAGAACAACAGCCGCAUCAAGCUGGGUCUUAAGAACUUGGUGAGCAAGGGCACCCUGGUGCAGACCAAGGGCACUGGCGCUUCAGGUUCUUUCAAGUUCAACAAAAAGGCGGCCACCGGGGAAACCAAGCCCAAGGCUAAGAAGGCAGGCGCGGCCAAGCCCAAGAAGGCUGCUGGGGCAGCUAAGAAGCCCAAGAAGGCCACGGGCGCGGCUACCCCCAAGAAGGCCGCUAAGAAGACCCCUAAGAAAACCAAGAAACCGGGGGUGGCUGCUGGGGCCAAGAAGGUGGCCAAGAGCCCGAAAAAGGCGAAGGCAGCCAAGCCGAAGAAGGCGGCUAAGAGUCCGGCCAAGGCCAAGGCCCCCAAAGCCAAGGCAGCCAAGCCUAAAGCUACCAAACCCAAGGCUACAAAGGCGAAGAAGGCGGCCUCCAAGAAGAAGUAAAUCGGUAGCGGGACGUCCUACUUUGCAAAUCUCAAAGGCUCUUUUCAGAGCCACCCACUAAUUUCAGAUAAAAGAGCUUAGCCGGAUAUGUUUCCGUAGGUAACCAACUAGCCUUGUAAUAAGGUAAAAUUCUUUUUUAAACUUAAGCAAUUUUUUUAAACUUGCCGCCCUAACGUGAUUGGCUAUGCGUCAGGGUGCGCGCGCACCGCCACGUACAAAGCUCUCCGAAUGUUGUGAUCACAGUCCUCUAAUGAGAGUUUAGUGGCUCUCAAAAGAGCCUUUGCGGCAGAUUCACUUGCCCUUGGCCCUGUGGUGGCUCUCGGUCUUCUUGGGCAGCAGCACGGUCUGGAUGUUAGGCAGUACGCCGCCCUGAGCGAUGGUGACUUUGCCCAGCAGCUUGUUGAGCUCCUCGUCGUUGCGGAUGGCCAGCUGCCAAUGACGCGGGAUGAUACGCGUCUUCUUGUCACGGGCCGCGUUGCCCGCCAGCUCCAGGAUCUCGGCCGUCAGGUGCUCCAGCACCGCCGUCAGGUACACCGGCGCGCCGGUCCCGACCCGCUCGGCAUAGUUACCCUUGCGAAGCAGGCCGUGGACUCGACCCACGGGGAACUGGAGCCCGCCCCGCGAGGAGCGGGUCUUGGCCUUUGCUCGCGCUUUGCCGCCCUCUUUUCCUCGUCCAGACAUGUUAGGAAAGAAAUAGUGCAGCUUGAGGAAAGGGUUAUUAUAGUCUCUGGAUGUUUCUAAAAUUUCUAUUCCCAUUGGUUUGCAGAGGCUAUUGAGAGAGUUAACCAAUCAGAACGCACUUCUGGAGUUACUUGCAUGGGCUCCAGGAGAAAAUACUGCACCAAUUAGAGGCUGAGAUAUUAAGACUUGUAUUGAUACAUACUUGGAAGCAGUUGGAAAGCUUGGAUUUUUCCGCUUGAUAAAUGUAGUCCUAUUUGGGGGGAGUAUUCAUGCUAUUGUUAUUCUGCCUAAAUCUGCAUAAUUGUUGCUACCACCCUGACACCAAGGGAUAGAAAAAAGUAAGCUACCCCUGGCGGUUUAUAAUUUACCCUUUUCUUUGCCAGAUUUUUUUCCCCCUCAGAUGUUGACAAGAUCCAGGGAGCUGGGUUGGUGGUCUAAUAUCUUUUGGUGAAUAGGCAACAAACAGGGAGGCAGAAACAAGUAAAAACCGUUGAUAAAGGGAACGAGAUUGCUUAGAGAGCACCUUGAGCUGGAAUAACCAGGGCAAAAUAAAUGCCUCUAGGAAGAUGGGUUGACCUGAUAUUACAUCAUUUCCCCUUCAUCCCUGUUUUUGUUGUUGUUAUUUUCUGAGGAAGGCCACUCGAUUUUAUUGGCAAAUCUUGACCAAAAUCUGAGUUCUGCAGACCAUUAGGGGGUUGUAAACAUGGAUGGGGAAAAAUUACAUCUUUAUUUUACCAAACUGUAAAUGCAGCUAAGCAUUUCCUUCAAGUGUAUCUGUAGGCAGCUAAUCACAAUGGAUUUUGCAGUGCCUCUGACUUUUUCAACAGUGGCCAUCACAGAUGUUCUUGGAUCACUUUGAAGAUAUUGCAGAUAUCUUGAAAUAAAAUUUACAUCAUUCUGAUUCCUUGAAACUGACAUUUGUUAUUCCACCUCUUGUUCCUUGUUAUUUGAUGUGACUAAUGAAACACAUUUUACGUAAAAGAAAUACAUUUUGACAGCUGUAUUUUAAUGUGGCUAAUUUUCUUAUCCUGUAUGCUUUAAGUAUUUUAAAACAUUGUAUUCAGAAGAUAUUUGUUUACAGGUUUCUCCAGACUAUCCAUAGAGUCCACUAUACAAAACAAGUCAUGAGUCCCUGAGCAGAUCUUCAGUGGCAAACACCUCAUGGUUGAAAGACUUCAUCUUAUUUCUUUGUUUACAACAUACCCAGCGGCCCCCGCCCCCCGCCCCCAGCUACACAUACACACACACACACAACUUACUGGUUAAUAGUUUAUUAAACUUUACUAUUUAAACUUUCUUUAAAAGACAAAAGGAGGUAGCCUGUGAUUACCUUUCUAGCUUUUCUAAGCAGGAGUUCAUCUUUUCCCCAUCACAACUGUAUUCCAUACUUUCUUCUUUCUAGAAAGGGCCAAAAAACCCUCCUCUUAGAAGACUGGUUUGGUUGAGAAGGCGAUUUGCAUAAAUGGGAAGAUGUGAAAUGGUUACUUAGAAGAAUCUUUUUGAAAAUAAGAGAUUGCAUCAAGGGGGAAAGAUAAGGAAGGGGGAAGAGACCUGUGAGGUCUUUAAUACCCAGAAUGAGAGAGUUUGGCUUUUGAUUAUGAGUGAUGAGGAAUAAGUGUUAUGUGGGAAUGUGACAGUCAGCAAGAGUGGUUACUAUAUAGUAUCUCUGUAGUUCGUUACAUUUUACAAACCACUUCUAUGCCUGCCUCACUAUAAAGCAUUUGCAGUAGGUAUAGCUAAGCUGCUUGAUUAUUAUUAGACUGCACCGCGUGGCUUGUGGGAUCUUAGUUCCCCAACCAGGGAUUGAACCCAGUCCAUGGCAGUGAAAGUCCUAACCACUGCACUGCCAGGGAAUUCCCUAAGCUACUUGUUUUAAAGUUAAGAAAAUUGUGGCUUAGAAAGAUGAAAUGGCCAGAAUCACCUUGUCAAUAAAUGGUGGACCUGGGUCUCAAACACAAGUUUCUUUAUUCCUAGUGUCAUUUUCUGAGCACUGCUGCCCAUCUAUUAUGUCAACUGGAAAAGGAGUAGAGUUCUCUAUUUCCUUUUUAGGCUCAUCCAGAAAAAAAUAACAUUCAUGUAUUUCUAUUUUAGGCCCUUUAUGAGCUAUCCAAUUCACAAUCCCUUUGGAAUGCACCAGAAGGGAUUAAACACGAUUCAAUCAAUGCUCUUCUAGUUUUACACUGGUUUAUGUAAAUUAAUAUUCAUAUUCCUUUGCUUGGGACAUCUUCUAAUUUACAAGGAAAUCAGAACUUGUUUAACUCUUUCUCUAUCUCCCAAAAUUUUUGUUGCAGUUAAAGCAGGUUAAAAUGAACCUCUCGGGAUGGUCUUGAUAUUCUGCAGCAGGAUGAUGAGGGAUCAGGAAGCUCAUUCCUAGUCCCUGUAUUUAUUUCAUCAGUAAACCACAUCCCUAGGAGGGUCUCCUGAAACACUCAUCCUUGCAUUUCUUAUGUUCUUUUGCUAAACAAAGGUGGUCUGUCAAUCACAGUGGCAAAAACCCAGGUUUAGAAAAACUCAACAGAUCUACACUUAAAGAUGGCAAAUAUCAAGCAGGAGCCUGUGUGAGUAGUUGUCUCCAAAAUAUACCAAAAAAAAAAGAAAGAAAGAAAAAAGGACGUCUUAGCAUGGAAGGUGUGAAGGGCAUGUUCAUAUUUUCUUAGCUGCAGGAGGGUACUUAUGCAUAUGGCAUAGGUGUAAGCCAAAAGUAAUUUGGGGGCCAGGCUGAAGUCGCUACUGUCUCCCUUCUACUUAGUAAUUGCCUGACUCCUUUUAACUGGAGGAGGCAGAUGGAAUUCAUGUCACUGUGUGGAGGCCUUGAUUACUCAUGUCACUCAGUCACUAAAUCAGGUAGAUGUUUAAAUAAGUUUCAGUAACUAACAGUUUCUCCCCUCUCACAUUCUCUCCUUAUCCUCUCAUACCUGGAUGAUUCCAUUGUUUCUUAACCAGCAUCCUAAACAGUUUCUUCCUAACUGGUUCUUCCUAAGAGGUUCUCCAGCCCCUAAUUCCUAAAUUCUGGUCAUUCUGUCUUAUAAAAAUUGUCACUCUUGGGCUUCCCUGGUGGCGCAGUGGUUGAGAGUCCGCCUGACGAUGCAGGGGGUGCGGGUUCGUGCCCCGGCCCGGGAAGAUCCCACAUGCCACGGAGCAGCUGGGCCCGUGAGCCAUGGCCGCUGAGCCUGAGCGUCCGGAGCCUGUGCUCCGCAAUGGGAGAGGCCACAACAGUGAGAGGCCCGUGUACCAAAAAAAAAAAAAAAAAAUUGUCACUCUUGCCUUAGGUUCAAGUGAGAACUUUGUAGCCUUUUUUCAUAAUGAUACUUUCUGCUCACACUAACCAGCACUAAUAACUGAAAUUUACCUUUCUAUUCCUUUUUGUUGUUGUUUGUUUUUUGGACAACUUUACUCAUCUGCAAUUCCUUCUCUCCUUCUACCUGGGAGAAUCUUUCCAAUUUCAUCUCAAGUUCCAACUCCAUGAGUAAAUUCCCCUAAUUAGAAAAAUCUAGUUUCUCUGAUAAUGUGCUUUGAUGAUAUUAAUAAUUGGGUACCAUUAUUAUCAAUGGAAAAUUUAUAAUGCAUCUAUUCUUUUCUGUCAUUAAACUAAACCCUAGGUCGUUAGUCUUCUUUAUCUUGUUUUCCCACUACUCUAGGUGUUUUUUAAUUGACUGAGCUUUAAAAUCCUGUCAAAUGGGUAGGAUUACCCCCAUAAUAAUCAGAUACAGUGAUUUUCUGUUUUUCUGUGGAAAGCUAAGGGUAAUAAAUCUCUCUGCCCCUUCUAUGACCCUCCUCAUGGCUUGAUUUAGGCACUAGGUCCCUUACUUUCUGAGGUAUGCCAUCCAAGGUGUUGGGGCUACUAAAAAAAAAAAAAACACCUUUGCAGUAUAAAAGUCUUCAGAUGUAAAAUAUCAGUAUUUACCUGUGUACAUAUGAGGUAGGCAGGAUGUGGAAAAAGAAUGGCAUUUCUGAAUUAUCUUGAUUUUUAGUUAUCACUUCUAUAAAAUAAAGCUACUGGUCAUUAGAGAUUAUAUACUUGUUUGUUUUUAAAUUACAUGUACUUAUACGCAACCAGGUAAGCCUGAAAUGGUUAUACAACUUAAUUUUCCAACAGGUACAAAUAAAAUGUGACAUGAUUUAGAUUUGUGAUAUUUCCCCAAGAAAAUCAAAAUUCAUUAAAAAAAAAAUCUCAUGUUAAGCACUACCAUUUCAAUGUAUGCCUUUAAAAUUAAAAAAAAAAAGUGUGUGUGUGUGUGUGUGUGUGUGUGUGUGUGUAUGUGUCUUAACAAUCAAGAUCAUUGUUUGGAUGAUGGACAGAAAGGCUAAAAAUUGUCCAAGUUAAUGUUAUAAUUUUAUUGCUGUGCAUCAAUUAUAUUUCUGUGCAAUUGGCUGUAAUAAUUGUAGCAUAAUAGAACACAGUUUUAUAUGAUCCUGUACAUUUUCAAAAUCCACCCAUUUCCUUUAACAUAUUAUGAAAAUGUUAAAAUAAACAUAUCAGUCUUCCUAUGACAGCUCUUCCAAGGAAUAAAGCCUCAGGGGUAACUGUUGAGGAUCAUACUGAUGCUAUUGUUUAAUAUAGCAAUGCCAAAGGGAAAAGUUUUGGCUCUAUCCUUUUUUUUAUUAUUAUUUUUUAUUUUGUGUUUUUUUUUUUUUGGCUCUAUCCUUUUUAACUGAAACUUUCUUAGUUUCAGUUUCCUCAUCUGUAAAGAACUAAUAGAAUAAUAAUUAUGUAUAUUAGUAGAGAACUAUUGAAUUUACCUUAUAUUUUGGAGACUUCAUAGACUAAUACAUGACUUCUGGCCGACUCAGUAAUGCAACCGCUCAAUUAAUGUUGAUUAUUUC